AUGCGCUCUGGUGACUUGCUUGUUGAGGUGAAUUCUCGUAAGCAAGCCCAGCAGAUUCAAAAAUUAAAAGCACUGGGAAAUGUACCAAUUACUGUAAGUCCUCACCAGUCUUUGAAUACCUCAAAAGGUGUCAUUACAUGCGGGGAACUCUUAAAUGUCCCCAUAGAUAUAAUAAAAUCAGAAAUGAAACCACAAGGAGUUAUAGAUGUCCGCUGCAUUACUAUACGGCGUAAUGGACAACUCCUCGAAACAAAACAUCACAUCUUAACGUUUCAGACACCGAAACUACCAGAAUUUGUUUACGCAGGUUACAUACGACGUCCAGUGAGGCAGUACAUUCCGAACCCACUCAGAUGCUUUCAGUGCCAGCGCUUUGGCCAUUGCCGCGGGUCUUUAACAUGUGCCCGCUGUGCAGAAAAAGGGCAUGAUAGCCAGGAAUGUUUCGCACAGGAAAAGUGUGUGAACUGUAAAGGCGAUCACCCCUCCUUUUCUCGAUCAUGCCCGAGCUGGCAGCUUGAAAAAGAAAUAAUCACGAUAAAAAUUAAAGAAGAUAUUUCACAUCCCGAAGCCAGGCGUAGAAUUCAGGCACAAACCCCUAUUCCUGGUAAAGUUACGCUUCUGUUGUCCAGAACACCUUUUGUGCAAACUGUUCUUGCAGUAAUUGUGUAA